UCAGUUGCUAAUAUCAGCAUGGGGAGAGAGCCAGCAGCUGGACUACCGGGAUGAAACUGAAUAAAUUCACAGCGUCACCUUCAGGGUAGAAAUUACUGGAGUAUGUACCAAAAUAAGAACCCAGAGAACAAAGUAAGUUUGAGAAAGGACUUACAGAUUUUGACCGUCUUUGAAAUCUCGCUCCUCUUUGAGGCAUGCCUUCAUCGAUGCGUUACCUCUUUAUAGUUUCUGUUUCUUGUGUAAUCAUUUUUAUCGUGUUCUAUGUGUUCAAUUUUGGGGGGGAGCAAAGCUUCCAGAGGCUAAAUAACUCGGACACUUUGAUGCUGAAUCAAGUUUGCACAUCCUUUAUCAAGGGGAAAACACCUUUCCUGUGGAGAAACAAACUAAGGAUAUAUGAGAAGUCUUCUUGCAAGGAAUACCUGAUCCAAAGCCACUAUAUCACGGCCCCUUUAUCUAAAGAAGAAGCUGAAUUUCCUCUGGCAUAUACGAUGGUCAUCCAUCACGAUUUUGAUACCUUUGCAAGGCUCUUCAGAGCUAUUUACAUGCCUCAGAAUGUCUACUGUGUUCAUGUGGAUGAAAAAGCGACAGUUGAAUUUAAAGAUGCGGUGCAACAACUGCUGAGCUGCUUCUCCAAUGCUUUCCUGGCUUCCAGGAUGGAGCCAGUUGUCUACGGUGGGAUUUCCAGGCUCCAGGCUGACCUGAACUGCAUCAAAGAUCUUGCGGCCUCAGAGGUUCCGUGGAAGUACACCAUCAACACCUGUGGGCAAGAUUUCCCCCUGAAAACCAACAAGGAAAUAGUUCAGUAUCUGAAAGGAUUUAAAGGGAAAAACAUCACCCCAGGGGUGCUGCCCCCAGCUCAUGCCAUUGGACGGACUAAAUAUGUCCACCGAGAGCACCUGGGCAAAGAGCUUUCCUACAUGAUAAGAACCACAGCCUUGAAACCGCCUCCUCCCCAUAACCUCACCAUUUACUUUGGCUCUGCCUAUGUUGCUCUAUCAAGAGAGUUUUCCAACUUUGUUCUCCAUGACCCACGGGCUGUUGAUUUGCUCCAGUGGUCCAAAGACACCUUCAGUCCUGAUGAACAUUUUUGGGUGACGCUCAAUAGGAUUCCAGGUAUGUGA